AUGCCGCCGAGAAAGACAAGCCUCCGGCGGCAGCCCGCGACGCCAAAUCUCAACGUCGCUCAACUCCAAACCCAGGUCCAGGAACAGAAUCAAACUCUCACCGCCGACCCAAACUCGCCGCCGGAGACCCCUACCACGUCGCCGCCAUUCUUGCGCAAGAUUAGUCUCAAACCUCGACGCCAACCUGACUUUCAUGAUUAUUUUCAACCCCUGGAUUCAGAUCCCAACAUCAAACCUGUUGGCGAUGGUCACCAAUUCAGCUAUCGGCCUUCCCUGGGCCCCGAACAGCUGAGCCCUCGCUCGUCUUCCUCAUCCGAUAUGCUUGACGAAGACAGCAGUGAUGAUGAAAGCACCAGCGAAGACGAGGACCAGUCAGCUAGUCCCAGCAUACGCAGCAUGGGAAACGUUACUGGCCCAGCGGUGUCCUCGCCAAUUGAUGAUUCUGAUGUUGACCUUGGCGACGACACCGAUAGUUCUAGUGAUUCAGAUACUGCUUCUGAGUCCGAUUCAGAUUCAGAAUCCGACAGAUCAGGUGCUACUGACGAGGCCGAAACUUCUCACAUCACUGUCACUUCUAUGGCUACAGUUACUUGUAAUUUUACCCUCGAAGAUGUUGACCCUAUGGAUAGCGAUUGCGAUGGACUCGAUGUCCUACAACCUACCGAGAUCGAAUCCAAUCGCAGUCGCUCGAGGUCACGGCACAGGAAAGAACAUAAGACCAUGGUUAAGGAUUUCCGGAAUCUCCAAUGCAGCAACGAGACAUCAGACAACGAGCAAGGCGCUGAUGCGGAAGGCGAAGUCGACGCGGAGAUGCAAUUUCUCAAACGGCGGGAACAAAUCAAGAAACUCCGUCGAAUGAGCAUGGGCAGCAGCUUUGGCAAGCGAACACAUAGCGAACUCAGCGAUUCCGAAGACGACGGCGAAGGACUCGAUGCCAACGAAGUCGGCUCUAGCGCACGUCGCAUGCGGAGAAAGAUGCACCGCACCAGCUUGUUGUUCCAUGACCCGCCCCCUGCGCGGAUCGAGGAACUUGAGGAACCUGACUCGAGUGAGGAGGAUGACCUCAUGGCGCACCAGCACGUUGCCAGAGAAUUGCCUUAUUGGGAUAUCGAAAUUAUGGAGAUGGAUUCAAGCUAG